AUUUACACGGUUAGUGUCAUUUAAAUCGUGUCGUCAUCUGGACCGUGAUUUCGCAUCGAGGACAAGUUUAUAUACUGAGGUGACGAUAUCUUUUAUUUACAUGUAAAUUAUCAGUGACUGCACAUAUAUAAACUUUUUAGAUAUUCUGAGUUUUAAAAAUGACAGAGGAAGCAAAAACGGGAGGUAAAAAUGUGGUCAUAGCUAUGGAUGGAAGCGAACAUUCCAAAUAUGCUUUUAAAUGGUUUGUUGACAACUGUCGAAAAGAAGAUGAUCAUGUUUACAUCGUCCAUGCAGUCGAGAUGAAUGAAAUGUUCGCGUCACAACAGUUCUCAUCUCCAUACUCAUUUGAUCCAGAUGUGUUAGCGUCCAUUUUGAAGAAAGAAAAAGAUCGCGUAACACAAGAGUUAAAAGAAUACGCUGCGCUACUCACUGAAGCUGGGGUUAAUGGAACAGUUAAAAGCGUCCAUACUACUAAUCCAGGAGAAGGUAUCGUAAAAUGUGCGGCAGAACUAAACGCCGCCAUUAUUAUAACCGGAUGUCGUGGUUUAGGCAAAAUUCGGCGCACGUUGGUGGGAAGUACAAGUGACUAUAUUCUUCACCAUGCUCACGUUCCAGUUGUGAUUUGCCGACAUCAACAUUGAUAGACUAAAUUCAAAGAGUUAUCGUUCUUAGAAUAGUGUAUAUAAAUUCACCAAUAUAUAUGGUUAAAAAAAAGAAGUUUAUUCAUGUCCAAAAUAAUUAUGUCUUUGUAGAUCAGGUCACUACAGAUAGAUUAAAUAAUUAUAUCAAAGACUAUUCGCCUUGGUAUAAAAACAUUAAUUAAAUGAUAUUAGACUGCAAGGAUAAACCGCUGACAACGCCAUAAUUCAAUUAGACUUUACUAAAAAAAAAUAAACUAUAAAAAUAACUUCGAUUAAAAUUAGUCUGUCCAAAUGCUGUAAAUCGCUGCUAAUCGUUGGUGACUGCCCUUCAUAUUUGGAUUUUCGUUUGUGGUUUUGUUAUACAUCAAAUACUUUUCCCGAUUGGAUCUUUUAACAAUUUGUUUGAUCGUUGUCUUAAUAGAGCAGUGUGGGUUUUGCUUAUAAUUGUUUAAGGCUACGAGACGAUGUAUAAUUGCUUAUACGAUCGUUUUACCGACACUGGCAGCUAGCUGUCUCAUAAUCAAUUAUGCCGCUUUAAUAUUUUAUAGCCAAUAAUGUUAUUAUUUUUUAUGUCUAUUUGAUACUACAUGUAGUUGCUGUGUUAUAAAAUACAAUGUCUGAUUAUCGCUCUUUAAUUAUCAGACUAGAAUAUCCCUUAUUUGGUACAUGUACCAUCGAGACCAAAUUAGUCUUUAUUAUUGUCUUAUCACAAUUUUAAAAUGUUAUGACAUUUUAUUUACGGAUAAAUUAAUCAUUAUUUAAAAUCCCCGUUUUGACCACUGACACGGACUCGUAUUACUACAUAAGGACUUAUAGGAAAAUAUGUUUUAGUCGAUUUAGGAUGAGUUGGGAUGGAGAAAGUUGAGUAAAUAUUUACACUUAUGUCUACUGAAAGAGAGACAACUCCUAUUCAAAUGUGAAACUGCGUGUAAUCGCUUUCAAAGCUUUAUAGUACAUCACUACAUGCAUAUUUUUACUCGCAUCAAAUAGAUUUGCCAGGCAUCAUCCGUUUAAUGGAUACGUCAUAUUGAUUUUAUUUGUUCACAUAUUUGCACUGAAACAAUUACACACCAAACAAAUACGAAACAGUGGCGGAUACAGAACUUUUUAUAAAAAGGGGGGGGGGGGGGGCGCACUCCAGUCACACUUCAGUGAUUCCCUAUAUAAUCAACCAAAUGUUUUUCCACGAAAGCCAACCCCUGGAUCCGCCUAUGCGAAAGUAACUAACUUUUGAUACAAUCCUGCAAAUAAAAUUAAGUUUACUUAAAAUCGAUUGGUUAAUGCAUUGUAAUCUCGCGGAGAAGAAAUCAUCUGAAUAUUUACUAACUUUAGCAUGGACUUUCUCUGUGGCGAAAUUGGGAAGGGAUAUAUCAAACAUUAAUUUUGCUGAAGAAUAAGGCUAUAACCAUGCAGAACAUACAGGUAGUUACCCCUACCUUUCCUUUUCGUGCAAAAUCAACGCCCUUGUUAGACUGCCUUUUUUCAAACUGGGGUCAUUUUACAACAUUUUGAAUGCAGAUUAACUGAUUUUUCUAAUUUCUGUUUAUGUUUUGUCUUGAGAACAGGAUCCUUGAAGACCGAUCAGAAUAUAUUUGAUGCAUCUGAUCAUACGAUUAUAUAAUGUUGAAUAAGUAAUAAUUUUUUUGUUGAUAUUUGAACAACCGUUUAUUUCAUAUUGAUACAUUUUGUUGUCUAUAAUUUUGUUAGACAAUUGUCUGUAAUUGACAAUGCAUAAUUUCAUUGAUAUGUCAGCAUACUAUAUGAUAGAAAAGUAAAUAUAAAUAAGAAUGUUGUUCUGUGUGAGCCAAGGCUCCGUGUUGAAGGCCGUACUUUAACCUAUAAUGGUUUAAUU